AUGGGAUUUCUCUUGUCAAAAUGCAGUCGAUCCGAAAUUAGAGAGUUGUCAUCUGCAGCUGGGGCGGCUCUUCAGGGCUUAAAAUGGUUGACCCUGUCACAUAUUUUAUUGUUGCUUCUCACAGCUACGGCGCAGUCUCCUACCUUCUUUUCAUCAGCAUCACUGCAGGAUAUGGUGCAAUUUUCGAUGCUGUUGAGGAGACGUCAUCUGAGAGAUGAGCCUCGCUCUGGUCGACCGAUAUCGUUCGACGAACUGAAGAAUCUUGCGGAGCAGCAUCCAUAUGAAGGUGUGCGGUAUUUUGCUGCCAGUCUUGGCUAUUCGCUGUCCACCGUGAGCAAUGGACUGCGAUCUCUGGGAAGUCGCAGAUUCGAUUGGCAGGACAUCAUUUUCACUGGAAAUGAAAAAUGGGUCCUCUACGUCAACCACACCCACAAACAAGGUCAUGCUGAGCGUCUGGUGGGGAGUUCAUGGAAUCUGCCGUUUCGAACUGCUGCCGGACAACAGUUACUUCCGAGGUCUACUACGCUCAAGUGCAAAGACUGGCCAACAAGAUUCGCGAUUCGCAAAGAGCACCCGAAGCUCGACAACCCCUCAUAUCGUGAAGAAGACUUCCCAGAAAAUUCUGGAGCUCGGACGGGAAGUUCUACCGCAUCCACCGUACAGCCCGGUCCUGGCUUCGAGCGACCACCUCCUCUUCUGAUCGCUUCAGCAUCACCUAAAGAGAAGCGCUACGAUGAUCGUGACCACCUCGAAAAUGACCUUCGGGCUUUCUUCACCUCCAUGUCUACGGAAUUCUACGCCAAAGGAAUCCGUGAUCUUAUGAGACGUUGGCAGAAGGUUGCCGAUGUUGAUGGAGAUUAUUUCGUUGUUGUUGUGAAAUUGUGA